AUGGCUUCAUCUUCUUCCUUUGCUUCGUCUUUUCAAUCUCCAAAGAAAUAUGAUGUUUUUAUUAGCUUCAGAGGCGAGGACACCCGCUUCAACUUCACAAGCCACCUUCAUGAAGCUCUUCGCACAAACCAAAUAAAUACAUACAUCGACUACAGACUUGAGAAAGGAGAUGAGGUAUGGCCGUCUCUUGAGAAAGGCAUUGAAAAUUCAACUCUGUUCCUUGUGGUCUUCUCAGAAAACUAUGCAUCUUCCACUUGGUGUCUGAAGGAGCUUGCAAAAAUAUUAGAGUGCUCCAAAAAUCAAGAUUGCUCUGUUAUGCCGGUGUUCUAUAGAGUGGAUCCUUCACAUGUAAGGAAGCAGUCUGGGAGCUACCAGAAAGCAUUUGAAGAACAUGAGCGCAAAAGAAACAUCAACAAUCAACAACUGCAAAAGUGGAGGGACGCUCUUACUCAAGCUGCCGAUUUGUCUGGUUGGCCUUGUAGCGUCAAUAGGGAUGAAGCGGAGCUAAUUAAAGAAAUAGUGAAUUGUGUCAUACAAAAGUUGGGCCCUAGGUAUCAAAGUGAAGAUUAUCUAAAAGGCUUGAUUGGAAUUCACGAAAGAAUGGCAGAUGUAGAAUCCUUGUUGGACAAAGGUUCAAAAAUUGGUGGUUGCCAAUUCAUUGGAAUUUGGGGGAUGGGCGGUUUGGGCAAAACAACUCUUGCAAAAGCAUUGUUUAACAAAUUGCGUUUUACAUAUGAAGGGUCUUGCCUUUUGACUAAUGUAAGGGAAGAAUCAAAGAGACACGGAAUGGAUGCUUUGAGGGAAAAAGUUGUUCGGGGGUUAUUAGGGGAUAAAGAAUCUCACAUUGGCAAUGCAAUAUGUCCUUAUACCGUCAGUACGCUUGGUCGGAAAAAGGUUUUCAUUGUGCUUGAUGACGUCGAUGAUCUUACACAUUUAGAAAAGUUAGUUGGAAGACAUGAAUUUGGAUCAGGUAGUAAAAUCUUGAUAACAACCAGAGAUAAGCAAACACUUGGUAAUGAAGUGGAUGAUAUAUAUGUGCUUCGUGGUUUGAAUCCUGAUGAAGCUUUUGAUCUAUUCUCCAUCAAUGCCUUUAGAAAUGGCUAUGUUGACCCAAAGAUAAGAGAGCUAGCAGAAGAAGUGACUAAAUAUGCAGGUGGAAAUCCAUUGGCUCUAAAGGUUCUGGGCUCCAUCUUGCGUGGCAAAAAUCAAGAAGCAUGGAAAAGCCAAUUGGCAAAGCUUCAAAAAUUGUUUUGUCCACAAAUGCAUGCGGUUAUUCAACCGAGAUUGGAUUGGCGAGACUUGAGGAAAAAGCCCUUUUAG